GCCAAUUAUUUCGCACCAGCUCGCAGCUCGCAGCUCCAGCCUUAGCUUUGGGAUCUAUCAUGUUUGUUCAUGGCUACGCAGCUUUGAUGAGGUAACUUUGCAUCAACACGACAAUGGCUACAAUGGGGGAGUCGGAGACGGUGGCAUCGAAGCCAGCGGAUGAAGAUCAUCCAGCGCCGGAAAGGGCGCCAGAUCUUGCAUCUCUCAAGAGAAAAGCAGAAGACGAAGGCCCCGAGGACGAUUCUCCCAAGCGUGCGAAGCACAACGAUGACGAAGACGAGGCCGCUGCAUCAGCUUCAAGGCGGCAACCGUCGCCUAGUCACGAUCAACAUCACGACCACGACCACGACCGUAAGGACGAUGACAAGGAGGUUCCUUCGGCCGCAGCCCAGGACAGGCGCAGACAAGCGAUGCAUGAGGAAAAGAAGCGCGGAAAGCGACUGUUUGGCGGGUUGAUGAGUACCUUGAACCAGACUUCUAACACCUCUCAACAGCAGAAACGGCGACAAGAAAUUGAGCGCCGGCAGCAAGACCGCAUACAGAAGCAAAAGGCUGAAGAUGAUCAGAAGAGAGCCGAGAAGCUGGAGAAGCUGCACCUAGUACGCAUGGCGGAGCAAAUUGUGUUUGACGAAGAAGUGAUGAAGAAGAAGCACGAAAAACGGCUGGCCAUGGCGAAAUUCUUGCGGACCAGGGCAGAGCCCUCAAUUUUCUACCUUCCAUGGAAAACCACGCCUGAACAGAAAGACACCAUCGAUGACCAGAUCCAGAGGGCGAAAGCCACAGUGGAAAAGGAGGUGGAGCAAUUCAAGGCUCGAAAACAGCGGCAUAUUGAGCGGUAUGGUCCCCCAACGAGGCAAAUCAGCGUGACCCCUGAUGAACCUGCUGCCACGAGAGCACCAGAGCGUGAGAGUCCUGUCCGGAGCCCUCAUCACAGCGCCGAUAAGGCACACCUACAGGAACGAAGAGUGUCCCAAGACCUGCACAGGGGGCAUCACGAUGAAUCGGGUGAUGACCUCGAAGAGGCUGAGGAGGACAUGGUGAUUUACUGACCGGCGCGAACCAUUUGAUUCCCCCAAAUUUCCUUUUACUUGUUUACAAUGCUGGAGGCUAAGUGAUACCUUGAUAUUUUUUACGGUGUGAUUAUUCUUAAUUCCAGGUCUAUCCAGUUACAAUAUGGUAUGGAGUCGUCGGUUGCUAUAGGGAGGCUGCAAAAUGGGUAUUGUAGGUAGAGAUUCAGACAGGCAUAGCAUAACGUCAUGUGAAAAUUGACGCUUGAGAUCAAAGUAGCUUUUGUCAAGAUAGAUUAGCAGCAAUGCGUUGCGUCGAAAUGCACAUACUACAAGAGCAUGGGCAUUGUUGAUGGAGCAGACUGAUGCAAUUGAAGCUCCAAUUGGACAGCACUGGAGGUGUAUCAUCAUGCCGUAGUUUCGGCAGUUGGUGUGAUUCGGCACUCAGCCGUUUCGCUUAGCAUCUAAGCACCUACCUAGGUACCUAUGGC